CUCAAUUUUAUCCUGGCUGAUUAUAUUAAUUUUCUGCAGGCUUUGAAUGCUCAGUCAAGAGCUCUACUAAUGGCAAAAUUGGAUCGUUCUGGUAUUGCCACAAGCAUUGCUGGCUCUCUUGGGGUACCUAUCCUCAAUGGGUCAGUUCCAACUCAACAACCUGUUGCAUUGCCCAUCAAUGGGCAGCCUGCUUAUCCAGCUGCAAUUUUGCCUGCCCCGAUUGUGUCCACUACAUCUACAUCUGAACCUAUUGGGCAGCCCAGUGAGUGUUUGUUGUUGAAGAAUAUGUUUGAUCCAGCUACUGAGACGGAACCAGAUUUUGAUCUGGAUAUAAAAGAGGACGUGGAAGAAGAAUGUAACAAAUAUGGAAGGGUGAUACACAUUUAUGUGGAUAAACAUGACAGGGCAGGUUGUGUAUAUUUGCGGUUUGAAUCUGUAGAAGCAGCUGCAAGAGCCCAGCGUGCAAUGCACAUGAGAUGGUUUGCUGGCCGAUCUAUAUCGGCCACAUAUAUGGAACCCCAUGUUUAUGAAGCAAAGUUUAAAGGAUGAACUUGAACCAGUUUUGACUCUAAGAGGAUGUGCAACCGAAAUCCCUUGGUGUUGUGGUUGAGAAUAGGUCACUUUUCGAACUCCAUUUGCCCCAGGUUUAAACUUGAAGAAUUUUAUUUUGUACACAACUUGCUAUAUGUAUGGUAACGCCAUAUGUCUUCUUCCUCUUGGUCAGAUCUGUAAUUUUCUAUUUAACUCCUGUAAUUUGUUGACUUGAAACAAGAAGCGUAUUACUGGUAAUAUUUUUUAUUCUCUCAUAAGCCGACACUUAUUUUUAC